GGUGAGGGGAGACGGUCACGAAGAGCGGCGGCUGCUUGUAGGAGAUGUCCGCUGGCUUUUGAGUAAACUUUCCAAAACACCGAGGCGGUUCUGGAUCUUUCUGUGAAGGGAAGCGACGCUCGAGCCGCUGUCGUUUUAACUCUCCCGCCACCAUCCCAGCGCGCGAGAGGAGUGCUCGUGCCCCGCAGCAGUGUCCAUCGACCCCCGGUCGUCAUGUCGUCCGGUGAUGCCCCGGAGCAGAGUCGGCGGCUCAGCGUCCUGUCUUGGGAUCAGGUGCGCCGCUUGGACUCCAUCCUCGGGGAGAGCGUUCCCAUCCACGGCCGCGGAAACUUCCCUACGCUCUCCGUGAAGCCCCGACAGAUCAUUCAGGUGGUCAGAGCUCGACUGGAGGAGAAGGGCGUGGCUGUGCGUGAUGUGAAGCUGAACGGCUCUGCAGCCAGCCACGUGCUUCACCAGGACAACGGCCUCGGCUACAAAGACCUGGACCUAAUAUUUGGCCUCCGUCUUUCUGACGAUAAAACAUUUCGCCUGGUGAAGGACGUGGUGCUGGACUGCCUGGUGGACUUCCUGCCUGAAGGCGUGUGCAGGGAGAGAAUCACGGCCCUGGCCCUGAAGGAGGCGUACGUGCAAAAACUCGUGAAAGUUUGCAACGACACAGAUCGCUGGAGCCUCAUCUCGCUGUCCAACAACACUGGCAAGAACGUGGAGCUAAAGUUCGUCGACUCCCUGAGGAGGCAGUUCGAGUUCAGCGUGGACUCCUUUCAGAUCUCGCUGGACUCGUUGCUGCUCUUCGACCGUUGCUCGGAGACGGCAAUGUCCGAGACCUUCCACCCUAGCGUGCAGGGUGAGAGCAUGUACGGAGACUUUGAGGAAGCCCUGGAACACCUCUGCUCCAGAACUAUCGCCACCCGAAGCCCCGAAGAGAUCCGGGGCGGCGGCCUGCUCAAGUACUGCCACCUGCUGGUGCGCAGCUUCCGUCCGUCUUCGGAGAGCCACAUGAAGCAGAUGCAGCGCUACAUGUGCUCGCGCUUCUUCAUCGAUUUUCCCGACAUAUGCGAGCAGCAGCGGAAGCUAGAGGCGUAUCUCCAAAACCACUUUGUGGGAAUCGAGCACAAGCGCUACGAGUACCUGCUGACGCUGAGGCAGGUGGUGGACGAAAGCACUGUGUGUCUGAUGGGCCAUGAGCGGCGCCAGACGCUGGCUCUGAUAUCCGCUCUGGCACUGCGUGUCAUGGCCGAACACAACGCCAUCCCUGCCCUGUCUAACAUCACCUGCUACUACCAGCCUGCUCCCUACGUCAGAGACGUCAACUUCAGCAACUACUACGUGGCACAGGUUCAGUCCAUGUCCGUGCGCAAUAACUCUUACCAGACAUGGCUGCCUUGCAGCUGAGGAGCAUCAUUAGGAAUAUGUGAACAUCUUUUUGUUUGACCUUUAAGUUGUUAUAAGGUGAGCAUGUGUUAUUGUUUUGUUUUCCCCGCUGCCUCCCUAACAAGUGUCGGUGUUGCAUUCUGGCUCUGGUUCUCCUGGAUCAGCUGAGAUUCUGGGUGGUACGGGUCGCACAGCUUACAGACCCAGUGGAUGUAAAAUAUCACCAACUAGUACUAAACUGAUGAGUCAGGCUGAGGCUUGGGCCAGCCUGAUGUUCUUACAGUAUAACAUGUGGCGUAAUGUAAGGCUAUUUAUACAGAAAUAAAACAAACAAUCUGAAGUGAUUAAAUUGCUUAGACUACCAGAUAGCAUAUUAGUAAUGCCAUCCGUUAUAGCGUUAUCUAUAACUCAUGUUUUUAUUUUGAUUCAGAGACUUAAGGAAAUAUAUGAAAUAAACUCCCAAAACAUUUAGUACGAGUUUAAGGGCAAAUAUGGUUAUUGGAAAUAAAUCCUGUAUCUUUCUGCUACUCUGAUAUUGUAUUAAACUGAUAUUCGCUGGUCAGGCCCAUCCAUACCACCAUCCAUCCGUCUGUUUGCCAUAGCAGGGUGGUGAGGGAUCUGGUGUCUAUGUCCAGUGACCUUUGAGUGACAGACUGGGUACAGCCUAGACAGAACGCCAGUCCAUCUCAGGACUAGUUACAUAAUACCAUCGUCUUAAUAAGAGUGAUGGGUUGCGCUUCUUUGUUUUCAUUACAUUUGUGACAAAAAACAAACAGCCAGAUUGGCCUUCCUAGUACAUGUUGGGAUCCUGUAGGACCCUUCUACAGAGCUGAGCUGCCUGUUGAUGUGUAUUUAACACGUACCUAGGAUUGUUUCAGAAGCACUAGGCCUGUCACGAUAGCAAAUUUUGCUCAACGAUUAAUUGUCUCAAA